GUUGCUGUUGUGGGUGCGCACGAUAAGCAGAGACAAACACACAGAGUACAACUGUCACACAUCCACCCCCACCUCCCCUCUCUCCCAAAAAAACCAAAACUUUAUCUCUGUGAUUCACAAAAGAUACUCUUAUCAUUUCUCUCCUCCCCAACUUUUCUUUUCCUCUUGAUCAUGGCGGCGCAUUCCUUGGGCUUCUUCUUUCUGCUUCUGCUGAUACUAAUAUCCAUGGUCAUGAAAACUCCUGCUGCUGCUCACGGGGCCACUCGCCGCUCUUCUACCCAAAACCUGGAUGUUCGCAAGCACUUGAAGCGCCUCAACAAGCCUGCCAUUAAAUCCAUCAAGAGCCCGGAUGGAGAUAUAAUUGACUGCGUCCAUGUCACCCACCAACCAGCUUUCGACCAUCCUUUAAUGAAAAACCACACGAUCCAGAUGAGACCAGAAUUUCAUCCAGAAGGUCUUUUUAGUGGAAGCAAGGUUUCCUCAGGCUCAAACGCAAAGCAAAGGUCAAGACCCAUUACCCAGAUGUGGCACUCUCAAGGGAGAUGCCCAGAGGGCACAGUUCCCAUCAGAAGAACCAGAAAAGAUGACUUGCUGAGAGCAAGCUCUCUUCAAAACUUUGGUAGGAAGAAGCGUCCAACCAUUCCUCAGCCAAAGUCUGCAGAUCCGGAUUUCAUCAGUCAAAGUGGCCAUCAGCACGCAAUAGCUUAUGUGGAAAGAGAUAAGUACUACGGAGCUAAAGCCACUAUGAACGUCUGGGAACCCAGAAUCCAGCAGCCCAACGAAUUCAGCUUGUCCCAAAUCUGGAUUCUGGGAGGUUCUUUCGGUGAAGACCUUAAUAGCAUUGAAGCUGGAUGGCAGGUUAGCCCAGAUUUAUAUGGUGACAGCAACACUAGACUUUUCACUUACUGGACUGGCGAUGCAUACCAAGCCACAGGCUGCUACAAUCUCCUCUGCUCAGGCUUCAUUCAAAUCAAUAAUGAAAUUGCACUGGGUGCAAGCAUUUACCCUCUUUCCAGAUUCGAUGCUGCCCAAUAUGAUAUCACCAUACUCCUAUGGAAGGAUCCAAAAGAGGGAAACUGGUGGAUGCAGUUUGGGAAUGACUAUGUGCUGGGGUACUGGCCAGGCUUUCUCUUCUCGUACUUAUCGGACAGUGCUUCAAUGAUUGAAUGGGGAGGAGAAGUGGUGAACUCAGAAGCCGAUGGGCAGCACACCUCCACCCAAAUGGGAAGUGGACACUUUCCUCAUGAAGGGUUUGGCAAAGCCAGUUACUUCAAAAGCAUUCUCAUUGUUGAUGGAUCCAACAACCUCAGGGUUCCUAAAGGCAUUGACACUUUCACUGAGCAAUCCAGCUGCUAUGAUGUCCAGAUUGGUAACAGUGAUAAUUGGGGCACCUACUUCUACUAUGGUGGUCCUGGUAGAAACCCCAAUUGCCCGUGAUUAGCUCCCUCUUGCAUACAUAAACAAACCAUCAUCCAUUUGCGUAUAUAGUUGUAAAGACCUCCCUAUAUAUGUAUACAUAUAUAUAUAUAUAUAUAUAUUAAUGUAGUCUCGUUUUUGUCUUAGGUAACACCAGGAUUCUCUUCUUGUUUUCUCCAUUCCAAAUAUAAAUCAGCUUCCCUGUUAGUUCAGGCUAGUAAGGUGUGAUAGUCUACUGUUUUGCUACUGUAUUUUGGAAAUUUUAAGUUCCCUCGUGUUCCGUUUAAGGAGUUGUAGGCAGGUAGGUGUUAUGCUUCUUUGUUAAGUUCAGAAGAGAAGGAGCCGCAUCAGUAUUUGUAGCUUAAUUACUUUAUCUGUAUUCUUAAUUGUCAUUCUUAUAGAUGUCCAAUAAAAUGUCAAUAUGCUUGAUUACAUUCUUAA